CGCCCCGCCCCCCUCGCUGUCACAGGAGCCGCCUCUCCUUCCCCUGCCUGGCUCACCAUCCUCACAGUUGGCACACAGCUCGCCUUGUUGCCCAGAUCUCAGUGACACAGCGGAAGCCAUGGAGACGCCAGGGUCCUCCUCCUGGUCUCUGGAUCACAGUGGAGUCCACAGAGGCACAGAAGAUGGAGACAAUGGAGAGAAUGUCCACGAGCAAGAUGAGGAGCCCCGGCUCUCUGCCCGAGGACUGCAUGAAAGAGACAAAUCCUCUUCCUCUUCUUCCUCCUCGUCCUCUUCUUCCUCCUCCUCCUCAGAUGGCUCUGGAGAUUUGGUGCCCAUAGAAGAACUAGGACUUCGGAGGAGAAGCUCGACCUCAGCAAAUGGAGAGGUGGAGGCGUCACAGCUGCAGAGACUGAACAUAAAGAAGGACGAUGAGUUUUUCCAUUUUGUCCUCCUCUGCUUCGCCAUCGGGGCCUUGCUGGUGUGUUACCACUACUAUGCAGACUGGUUCAUGUCCCUUGGGGUUGGCCUGCUCACCUUCGCCUCCCUGGAGACUGUUGGCAUCUACUUCGGGCUGUUGUACCGGAUCCACAGCGUCCUGCAGGGCUUCAUUCCACUCUUCCAGAAGCUGAGGCUGAUGGGGUUCAGGAAGACGGACUGAAGCCAUGGCACAGUGGACAGCUAAACCAGGCCCCUGUUGGGCCUCCCAUCUCCUGGGCCUGUGAGGAUGGAGCCACUGAUGUCCUGGGAGAGGCCAAGCCAGAGUAAUAAAGAGAGCGCUUCUGCGUC